UCCGGCGGGGGAAGCCCGGCCUUGCUGGGGACCGUCCUCUUUCUGUGCUGGGCUCGCCGUGCAGGUGGUGCUGUUGCUGCUACUGCCGGCGCGGCUGCUGCUGCUGCUGCUGCUGGAAGAGGAGCGCGUUCCCUUCGCCGGCUGUGGAGCGGCCAGUCCAGAGGAGCGCGCGGCUGGUGGAGCUCGCUUGGCCGCUGCCCGGAGCCUGUCGGGCUGCCGCUGCUCGCCGUCGCCUCCCAGGCGCAAAGUUUGCCCGCGGAGACUUGCAAGCUUUCCCGGGUCUAAUUAGCAUCCUUUUCACCGCCGCCGCCGCCGCCGCCGCCGCCGGGCAAGCUCCGAAAGCUGCAGCCUCCCCCUCGUAUCAUGCCAUUGUUCCGCAACUAAGCACUCUUGUGGGCCGCCUCGCCCCUCACGCCCGGCCGCGGUCCUUCCGUGCCUGCGUCUCCUCCGCGGACUUGAGCCGGCUCGGGGGAUUCCGCGUUCUUUCGGCGAUCGCAGGCUUCCUCCUCGGGCCGGUUCCUGGAGGGAGACUUCUCGUUCCCUUUCCGUCGCCCCUUGGCAGCUCGGAAGGGACUUGACCUCGCGGCUUGCGGGCGGAGGGGGGGCACCUUGCGCCCUGCCUGCCUGCCUGCCAGCCCGCCCGCCGCCUCCUGACCCGGUUGCUCGGGAUUGUAUUGUUCGCCGCCCAGCGCCCCCCACCCCACUCCGCCCCGGGGACGGGGUUUGGCUUCUUGGCGGCCGGGAAGGAAGGCACGGACGGCGGGCAGGGAGGGCGACUGAGCACCCAAAGGGAAGGUCGGACGGAGCGAUCGGGGCUGCCUCACCGCCGGGUCGCUGCCUGAGAAGAGCGGAGAGCGAGAAGGGGCGCCGAGAGGAACCGCUUGGGAAAGGCUCGGUCUCUCCUGGUCGGCGGGGGAUCGCAGGACGGCGCGGACAGGAUGGGUUUCUUCCCGUGGGGAUUUUGGCUACUGUGUGUCGCCGCGUCCUCCGUGGCCAGGAGUGACGGAGGCACCAAGGCGAGGAGCUGCUCGGAGCUUCGGCAACUCUACGGGGCCAAAGGAUUCAGCCCCAACGUGGUCCCCCAGGCGGAGAUCUCGGGGGAACAUUUGAGGAUUUGUCCACAAGGUUAUACUUGCUGUACCAGUGAGAUGGAGGAGAAUUUUGCGAACAAAAGUAGGAGUGAAUUUGAAGGCAUGCUGAAGGAGGCCAUGCGCUCAGUGCAAAUAGUCUUAACAGCCCAGUACAAGAAUUUUGAUGGUUAUUUCCAAGAUUUGUUAAACAAGUCAGAGAAGACCCUUUAUGACACAUUUCCUGGUAUGUAUGGAGACCUUUACAUCCAGAACAUAAAGCUUUUCAAAGACUUAUAUAGUGAGCUGCGGCGUUAUUACCGGGGUUCCAACAUCAACCUAGAAGAGGCCCUCACUGAAUUUUGGACUCGCCUGCUAGAGCGGCUCUUCAAGUUGAUGAAUCCUCAGUACCACCUUCCUGAUGAGUAUGUGGACUGCAUGUUGAAGCAUUCGGAACAGCAUAAACCAUUUGGAGAGGUUCCAAGAGACCUGAAGCUUAAAGCCACAAGGGCCUUCAUUGCAGUCCGAUCCUUUGUGCAGGGCCUGGGUGUGGGCAAUGAUGUUGUCCGAAAGGUAUCUCAGGUCCCACUGAGCCAGUAUUGCAAUCGGGCCAUUAUGAAGUUGAUGUAUUGCGCCCACUGCCGAGGCAUGUCAAAUGUAAAGCCAUGUAACAGCUACUGCCACAACGUCUUGAAGGGCUGUGUGGCCAAUCAAGCGGACCUCGACCCUGAGUGGAAGAACCUGAUAGAUGCAUUGCUCAUGGUAGCUGACCGCUUUGAUGGACCAUCCAAUGUAGAUGUAGUAAUUGGUACAAUUCAUACAAGGAUUGCAGAAGCCAUUUCUAACAUGCAAGAGAACAAAGAAUCUAUAAAAGCCAAGACCUUUCAAGGUUGUGGAAAUCCUAAAAGCAACCCUAAAGCUUCCAACAUUGAAGAUAAGAAAAGGCGGGGAAAAUAUGUCAGUGAAGAUAAACCUUCCUCACUGAAUUCAGAGAAACUUGUGUCAGAUGCCAAAGGGAAGCUGAGGGAAAUAAGAGACUUCUGGGUUGCCCUCCCAACUACACUUUGCAAUGAAAAAAUAUCAUCUGGUUCUGUGAGUGAGGACAGGUGCUGGAAUGGAAUGACCAAAGGCAGAUAUCUUCCAGAUGUGAUGGGAGAUGGUCUAGCCAAUCAAAUCAAUAACCCAGAGGUUGAUGUAGAUGUCACCAAGCCAGACACAAGCAUUCGCCAGCAAAUCAUGCAGUUAAAGAUCAUGACAAGUCGAUUGCGCAAUGCGUAUAAUGGAAAUGAUGUGGAUUUCCAGGAUACAAGUGAUGACAUCAGCGGCUCCGGAAGUGGUGAUGGUUGCUUUGAUGACAUGUGCGGCAAAAGACUGUCCAAGACUGCUAGCACCAGGCCACCAGAGAUACAUAUUAUGCCUAACUCAGGACAAGGUCUCGGUGGAAGAAGCAGUGGCAACAACAGUAGCAACAGCAUACUUUUGCCUUCUUAUUAUCUUUUAUUACUUUCUUUGGCUGCUCUAGCAAUGCAGUACCUGCGACGGUAACUUGUUUGCACAGCCAUAAAAGAGACUCUGGUGGUUGAGGUCUUAACUUUGCCAAAAAUGUGGACAUAUUUAAUUCAUCCUGGCAAAAUGAGGGAGAUCAGAGUUCUUGAUUGUUUGUGAUAACCUGGCAGUGCUAGAACUGGUCUUUUUAUUUUUAUUUUUUAUUCUGGUAUUGUUUUGAAUGCUGGGCCCUUCUUUCUGUACCUCAUAAUAAAAGAAAGAAAUUAGCUUGCCACCAAGAGGCACCCAGGGGCUACAACAGAUCUUGGCAGAUAGGUUUAAUGGGAAAAAGAAAAAGUGGCCCUCAAUGCAAACCCAUUUUUAUUGACUGCAAUAAAAUAUGCAAUUUAUUUCAUAUUUUUAUUUAAUGUCCAAGAACAUGCUACUCCAGUUUAGAACAGUACAUUUUUUUUAAUUUAAAGAUUUCCAGUGUUCUAUAAUGGGAGGGCCAUUUUGUAUUUUUCCAUUAAACAAGUGGCAAAUGGUCUUUCUUUUGCUUUGAUGUAGGAGCACUGGUUCUAUACUAUGUUGAUUAACAGAAAGAUCUCUUCUCUUGGAGUUUAGAAUGGAAGUCCUCUAAUUUUCAACUUUUUUCACUGCUAAAGUUAGUUACAGAAACCACUUAUUAAUCCUCCUACAUCCAAGUGACCUGGAAUGAGACCUAGGUUUUGCAUGAUCCUUUGAAAGUAGCAGUCAACCUGAUAAAAUUGCAAUACAGCUGCAUAAUAUGCAACCAUGCAGUAGAAAUAUGCUUAGGGAGAGAUUUCUGCCCAACAAGCUCGUCUUCAGUCUGAGGCUGAAAAAUCUUCCUAUCAUGAACAGUUGCAACUGUCAACUUUUACCAAAGGGACAAUGCAAAUAAACUGUUUUGUGAGGUUCUAUGUAAUACUUGUCCUGUUAGCAAAGCCUGAAAGGGCUCAAUGGAGGCAUCCAAGGAGCCUUUUAGAUCCUAUCAAAUACACAUGGAAGUUUGUUUGGAUAUAUCAGAUUUUUCAAAUAAAUGCAAUGCUGGUCUUUUGAGGCUGUCCUCAGGUCUAUCAGUUAUGUUGAUGGUAAGCAGACCAAAGCCAUAGUGUACAUCGUCAAAUCAACCUAAUGUGCCCUGCUUUUGUGUUGCAUUGGCUUAGGUAACCCUAUGCUAUCUGAUGGUUAUAUAGAACAAUUACAUCAUUUAAAAAAUUCUUUGUAUGAAUUAUUUGUCAGGGAUGUUGUCUGAUAGAAAAGUGAUGGUUGAAGUAGAAUGGGGAACACACACACACACACACACACACAUACACACA